AUGCGUAAUAGUGAAAGAACUUCUUGGCAAGACAUUAGUGCAUGUAGUCCAGAAGUCAAGUGUUACUGGAGCCAAUGGAAUUGCCUAGUGCUAAAAGAUGAUCUUCUGUACAGAACCUUUGAGAACGAUGAUGGUACAGAAUCUAAGAUUCGGUUAAUUGUACUUAAAAGUAAAGUGUCAGAAGUAUUGCGUCAGUUGCAUAACAGUGCAUCAGGUGGACACUUUGGUAUUACGAAGACUCUGCCAAAGGUUCGUGAAUGGUUCUAUUGGCAAACUGUAAAGAUGAUGUAAGAAGAUGGUGCCGAAAAUGUAAACUGUGUGCAAACAGUAAUGGUCCAGUUGGUAAAAAGAGAGCACCCAUGAAACAGUAUAUUGGUAGUUGGUAGUCCUAUGGAAAGAGUAGCAAUCGACAUUGCAGGUCCAGUUCCGGAGACGAAUGAUGGAAAUAAAUAUAUCCUAAUAGCCAUGGAUUAUUUUACGAAAUGGACUGAGGCCUAUACGAUACCAAAUCAAGAAGCUGCUACCGUUGCAGAAGUACUUGUUAAAGAAUUAUUUAGGCGAUUUGGUGUUCCCUUGGAGAUCCACUCCGACCAAGGGCGAAACUUCAAGUCAACCUU